AUGGUUGAUGAAGCUCGUGAUGAGUCCAUGAAAGAGCAAAUGGCUGUGGAUUUUAGAUAUGUUGAUGCAGAAGGCUUUGUGAAAGAAUGUUUUUUUGGGCUUAUUCAUGUUGUUGACACUGCGGCUUUGACUUUAAAGAAGGGGAUAUAUUCUUUGUUAUCUCAACAUUGCUUAGAUAUACAAAAUAUUCGAGGGCAAGGAUAUGAUGGAGCAAGCAACAUGCAAGCACGUUUGAUUGAUCUUGAAGAGCUUGAGACUGGAAGGGGACUUAAUCAAAUUGGCACUUUACAACGACCUGUAGAAACACGUUGGAGUUCACAUUUUAGAUCAGUUUCUAGCUUAUUAAGGAUGUUUACUUCAACUGUUGAAGUUUUACAAAAUAUAAUUGAUGAUGCAAUUGAUGGAGAACAUCGAGCAGAAGGAGAAGAUGAUGGAUGGAAUGGCUUACUCACCAUUGUGAUAUCAUUUUGUGAGAAGCAUUGCAUUGAUGUCUUGGAUAUGAAUGCUCAUUAUGUUGUGAGGCGAGGUCGAGCUUGUAAUCAGCAAGAUAACGUUACAAAUGAGCAUCAUUAUCGAGUAAAUAUUUUUUAUGCUACAAUAGAUUCUAAACUACAGGAACUAAAUUAUCGAUUUAAUGAAGAUGCAAUGGAGUUACUUAGGUUUAGCUCAGCUUUAGAACCUCGAGAGGCAUUCAAAUCUUUCAGAAUUAGUGAUCUUUGUUUGUUGGUAAAGAAUUUCUAUCCAUAA